AUGGUGGCGGGAUACAAAGAAGCCAAGGCCACUGCAGACAAGUUGGAGAAGCAGAUUGAAGAGCUUCAAAAACAGCUGGCAGAGUGCAGGGAAGUGCAGAACAGGCUCGGGGCUGGAUUGAGCUCCAAGACUAAGGCUACCUUCCUUGUGCAGAGCAUGGUUACAGCUUCCAGGCCAGCCCUGGAGAUUACAGAGGCUUCAAUCCAUCAGGGGGUGCUGCUUUAG